AUGACAACAUAUCAAUCAAGAGAGAAGAGAAGAGUAGCGGAUAAUCAGAACGAAUACAAGCAAGAGGAAUUCCACCACCGAACCGAUGCAGCAGUUUGCAAGCACAGCUGUCACUAUCAUCGCCCGCAAAUACAACAAUACUACGUGUUCCAAUCGCAUCAAGAAAGCCGAAUUUAUCGUGAAAUUGAGCAAGAUCGCAUUCAACGAGAAUAUUCCAAUCAAAUUGAUCGUUCGAGCCGUUCACCAGAAUACAGAAAUCAGAAAAAGAUGUCAGAUGAAUAA